AACAUUUUUGAGAGGUUAUCUUUUCCUCAUUUGAAUAUUAAAAUAUGAUUAUGUAAAAAUGCAGCACAGAGCUGGAUACUUCACAGAAAGGGGAGCAGAUACUUCCUUGAAAAGAUUCCAGUUUUACUUAAUUCAAAUGCUGGAUUUGUUACAUUGAAACCAGAAAUGGACUGUUCAGAGCUUUUGAUUUUUGUCUUCUUUGGAUUUGGCCUCACCUUCUGCUCUCAAGCCCACUUUUAUGAGUACCACCAUGUCAACCGGCCAAUGACCUGGACCGAGGCUCAGCGUUACUGCAGAGAGAAACACACUGAUCUGGUGACCAUUGAGAGCGCUGAGGACAUGAGCAAGUUGAAGAGAUCAAAUUCCCACACCGGGUUGUCAUGGAUUGGACUGACUGAUGACCCAAAAUCCUGGAAGGGAGUUAUGGGCAAUGAUGUAAACUCCUGGAGAUGGUCAGCAACUGGUGAAACGGCAAAAACUGAUUACCAGAACUGGGCCCCCAAUGAGCCAAAUUAUGGUCAAGUACGUGAGCCCUGUGGUUUUAUAGAUGAUAAUGGACUAUGGCUCGAUGGAAACUGUUCGGUUAAAUACCAUUUUUUUUGCUUCAAUGGUCGGUGGUGGAUUGGCUUGUACCGGGUACCGUGGAGAUGGUCGGACAACAGCAACAACUCCUUCAAAAACUGGCAAAGCGGACAGCCUGAUGUCUAUUACAAGGACGAGCACUGUGUCGCUGAGAAUUCAGACCAUGAUUGGGCUGAUGUGAUGUGUACUGAUAUAAAUUUCUUCUGGUGCUAUAAAGACCUGAGAGUGAAGAACACCAUGGUGAGGAUGAAGAUUCAGACUACUGCUGACCUUUCAGAUCCAGCUAUUCAUGCCCAGAUUCUCCAGCAGCUAGGUGAAAGGUUCAAGACUUUACGGAGUGACGUUAAACUGAGGUGGGUGACUGAACCUGAAAAACAAGAGGAAGAGACUGAUGAAGGCUGAAUUAUAUAGUUCUACGAGCUACAAAGACACAAUGCAGGCAACCAAAAUUUAUGUAGUUUGACUUUGUUAACCAAAUCUAGUAGAUCAAAUCCUCUAUCAUUAGACUCGCUGUAAAACAAAGCCUCUCGUAAUCUUAAUCUUCUUUCAAAGAAUUACAUGCACUAUCUAGCAUAAGUUAAAAGUAACUAACCACCAGCCUGAAAACCAGUGUCAUCUGUUGUGAGUGAUCAAGGUAUAGGCUCAAUAAAAUAGUCAAAUAUGUCUUAAUAUAUGAAAGAUUGAGGGUCAUUUUUAACCUCGAACUUUCUGGUUAUUCUUUCAUGUUAUCUUACUUAUUCAGUCAUGUCUGUUGUAAACUGUUUUGCUUAACUAUUUUGUUUUUUUUGUCUUUCUUUUUAUAGAUAUACUUUUUUUUCUCUAUGAUAGGUCUGUAGUAUAAAAAAAUGAAAUACUUUAGCUGAAAUUCAUGGCUUCCUUUUGUUGUCUACUUAAUAAAGUCAGUGUGCUGCAUACAAUUUCCUUAUGAUCUCUUCUUAUGUCAUACAUGUAAUUUAUUUUGUCCCUCAAUCCAUCUUCAGGCUUUGAGACUCAAUUAAAAAGAUAUAAACCAUGAAGGAACAGCAAACA